AUGGAUGCUGACUAUACAGGAGACUUGGAUGACAGGAGGUCUACCACAGGGUACAUAUUUAUCCUUAUGGAUGGAACUAUUUAUUAUUGGUUUAUGGUUAAGUCGUUCAUUGCCUUAUCUACUAUUGAGUCGGAGUACAUGACAGUGGUUAAGGCUACCAAGGAAGUGUUGUGGCUCACGGGAUUGGUUAGGGAGCUAGGUGUCCAGCAAGGUGGAGUUUGGCUGCAGUGUGAUAUUCAGAGUGUCAUCUACUUGGUGAAGAACCAAAGCUUGUGCUUAACGUUGAAGUGGGAGAAACGCUUUGAAAUCAUUUUAGGAAUUGCUCGAGGGCUUCUUUAUCUUCAUCAAGAUUCUAGGUUGAGAAUUAUACACAGGGAUUUGAAAACAAGCAACAUUCUACUAGAUGAAGAGAUGAACCCAAAAAUUUCAGACUUUGGCCUUGCAAGGAUCUUUGGGGGCAAGCAAACAGAGGCAAACACAAACAGAGUAGUUGGAACCUACGGUUACAUGUCCCCAGAGUAUGCAUUGGAUGGGAUUUUCUCAAUCAAGUCAGAUGUCUUUAGUUUUGGUGUUGUACUACUUGAGAUCAUCAGUGGUAGAAAGAACACAGGAUUUUAUCAGUCACAACAAGCAUUGAGCCUUUUAGGCUAUGCAUGGAGAUUAUGGAUAGAAGAGAGGGCAUUGGAUUUGGUUGAUCAGGUACUUAGACAAUCAUGUGAUAUAAGUUCGGUUUUAAAGUGCAUAAAUGUUGGAUUGAUAUGCGUACAAGAAGAUCCAAGUGACCGCCCCACCAUGUCAGAUGUGAUUGUCAUGCUUGGCGGUGAAACAAUCACUCUACCAACUCCAAAACAACCAGCUUUUUGCAUCUCAAAAUCAUCUUUGAACAACCAGUAUUCAGAAUCAUACAUCUCAGAA